CCCGCUCGUUACCGGCUGCUAGCUUCGUCCAGUCUCGCCGGGCAUUCCGCGAAUGUCGUAGUCGUCGUUACGUCACGAGCGCUCGUUUUCCACAGCCUGCGUUGCUUGCUGUAUUCGCUUCAGCCUCGAUUCGUUUCUUCUGAUACGAGGGGAGGCCGAAAACUCCGUAACCUACUUAUUCGAUAGGCGUACCUCGCUUCGUUUGUGUAGAUGCAGAGGGAGGCCGAAAAGCAUCUCCCCAAACUGGGAGAUUGGACAAACGACUUCACAUUGCAAUUUUUGGAGGGCUACAAAAACGAACCGGUUUUGUGGAACCCAAAACACAAAUUCCAUAAAGACAAAAGGCGAGUUGGUGAAGCAUGGGAACGCUUAAGCGAUAAACUUGGGCUGUCUGUGGCAAUCCUGAAAAGGAAAAAGGAAUCAUUGAUGGCUACUUUUAGAAGUAUUACGCGAAGGAAGAAGGCAAUUAUCAAAACUGAAAACGGCAGUAGCGAUUGUUAUAGACCAGUAUGGUUUGCGUAUGAGUUAAUGGACAGUUUCCUGGGAUCAGUUGUCAACUGCAUAACUCCAACGUUCAACAACCCAGCCGAUAAUGAAACGGACAAAUAUGAAGAAUUCGAUCUACAACUGCCCAGUCCGGUCGAUAGUCAACAUUUCGUUAUGCCUGACCCUGAGGAUCCGCUAACCAACGACGAAGCUCCACAAAUGGAAACCAAUCUAUCGGCGAAAAAUGAUGAAGAUAUCCACCCUGAAUUACAAGCAGCAAAACAAAUGAUCUACGGGGCUUUUUCAUCCCUUUCUACUGUUUUAAACAAAAAAAGACAAGUUGAUCAAGACGACGACUGUGAUCUGUACGGGAAGUUGAUGGCGAAGAAAUUAAGGAGGUUUCCGUAUGAAGAAAGAAUGUUAGUUAUGUAUGAAAUUGACGGGAUGCUCCUUCGACAUUUUAAAGCAUCACGAGCACGUUCUUCAAAUCAGUUUCAUCCCGCCAAUAACAAUCUGGCGGCAUACAUCGAUAAAAUUUUGCCAUCACCAUCAGAAAAUAACAUUACCUCUCGGCCCACCUCAUCUCACUCUAACUAUACAGACAAAAACUAGUCAUAAUGAGCUUAUAUUCAUCUGUAGCUCUAUACUGUGAUCAAACAUACUUUCCAUCAACCUAAUGUGUUUAUAACAAUAAAAAUGAUAUGUUGUUUAGUAGAUUUUACAGUAUAUAGGGUAUCCUCAAAGUUGGGACUUACCUUUACAGAGGUCAGGCAAUAAUAAGCACGUUUUGUAACAUAUAGUAACAUAUAUGCCAAAGCUUCAAGAUAACCGAUGUAUUAGGUUUACCAAAAAAUAACCCUCUCCCACAAUCCCUUCUUACGUCAAAACGUGUGAUGUACUAAUAGUAUUUGAGUCAGCAUCCAAACGAGGCGUCGCGUGGUGUCUAGGUUUACCAUUUUAAAAACCAAAAUUAGCACAUUCCUAGAGCAAUAAUCGAUAUGGUAUGAGCAUCUUCAAGUUCCUAUUGAUUCUCGGGGAGUAGACCUAGAUAGCAUCAAUUUAGGAAGACGUAAACAAACUAGUGUUUUUGAAUCGAACAGCGACAACUCCAAGCAGUGUUUACAAUUAAUACAUGUGACAGGGCAGUACUUGAAAUUCCGUACCAAAUGAAUAGUGAGUAUUUUUCAAUUCCUUUUUUACGUUUUCGAUUUGUUUUGGCGCAAAUUAGCUUUGGUAUUGCAAACGUAGUUGACUCGGAAAAGGAUAGUUCCAACUUUUAGGACACACUUUAUAUUUCCGAAUUAGCGGAUAAACGUUCAACUCAAGUUUCUCAAAAACAUCUGCACUGCAAUUGUACUUUUAAUGUUUAAAAUAUAUGAUGCUGCUUUUGAAAAUAGAUACAUCGGAAAAUGAUCGUUUCGGAAAAGAUCGACUUAUUGCAGGACAGAGAAUCGAAGAUCUGAUCAGCGUCAAGCUACUUAUUUUUUUUUAUUAUUUCAGCUAAUUAUAAAAACUAUAGGGAGAGUGUCUUAAUUCUGUUGUUUUAACUACUGGUCAUCGAAACUCAUAAAGUUCAUAUGAGUAUGAUAAAAAAAGCACACUCUAGGGUAGAAGCUAAUUAAGUUAUUGUUCUUUACCCAGUUUUUGGAAUCCAAAGUGAGAGGAAUCUAGCAUGGCACGUAUGAUGAAGUAGGAGUUAAGUUUUUGUGUAAUAAAAUAAAAUACUUCACCUACCUAUAUCAGGUUUCUUUUUCUCUAUUAGAUAUUCGAUCACAUAGGUACUUGAUACUUUUCAAUAGUCUAUCCAAAAAGACAAAACCAAUCAGACAAAAAAACGUUUUGAGAUUAUAGUUACGGCUACCAACGGUUCAGGUUUCUUUUUUCUAUUGAAUAUUCGAUUGGAUACACCAGCCUUUUUGGCUAAGCCUAUAAAUUGGGUUUUUGAUAAGACUAUCCGAAAAAACAAUCAGAGUCAUAGUUAUGUGUCCUAAUGGCUCUUUUAGGUUCCAAGAGAUUUCCAAAUCGUGUUUGUUAACCUUUUUCUCCGCCGUCACUAGACUGAUUCCCGAAGACUACAGAGCUUUUUCGUCCUUGGCAUAGUAGUAAACUUGCGUCAAAGUUUCAUCAAAAUGAGUAGG